UCUUCUCUCCCUUCUCAACUCCUUUCCCAUGGUCACAGUCCCCUCAAAAGCAAGCCACUACUGACCAAACUAGCCCCCGCCGGAAUCUCACUGCAACGCGUCAUGCAGUCUGCCGCCGAUGAGACGGCAGCUCGAUCACCGCUUGAGAAGCCGCUCCACCAGCUCACGGAAGAUGACAUUUCUCAGCUCACUCGUGAGGAUUGCCGCAGAUUCCUCAAAGAGAAAGGGAUGAGAAGGCCGUCGUGGAACAAAUCGCAGGCAAUCCAGCAAGUGAUCUCACUCAAAACCCUACUCGAACCUCCGCCGGAGUCCGACGACGGCCAGCCUCCCCGGAGGCGCUACAUUCCCCGUCCGGAUAACACCCAUCGUGUGCGUGCCCUUGCAAAUCCCUCUGUUUCUGCGAAAGUAACCUCCGCCGAUUCUCCGAUCUCUGUCCCGGCCGAAGAAUCUGCUCCAUACCGCCGGCAAGAUCCGCCUUUGAAUGAUUUCCCGGCCAACAAUCCUCUUCCUCCUCCAUCUGCUCCUGCCGUCCGUCACGCCACCGCAGACAACGACUCCGUGUCUCCCAGAAGUACAGGUGCAGCUGCUACUGAGCAAGCCAGGCAGAUGACGAUAUUUUACUGUGGGAAGGUAAACGUCUAUGAUGACAUGCCAAGAGAUAAGGCUCGAGUUAUCCUGCAGCUCGCUGCCAGUCCACUCCCUUUGACUCAGGAUAGUUCAUCUGACGGCAGUCAACCAGUAUGGCCAUUUAUGGUCCAAUCAGAAACUCACGUUCCUAAAGCAGCUCAAUUUUCAUCGGCAUUGGCCUUCCCUUCCGUGCAAACUGCGAAACUGGCAGAAAACUGUCAGCUGCAGAGAGGCAAUUACCAGUUAACUCCUGAAGUCAACCAAGAAGGCCCUGGGAGUAGGAAAGCAUCGGUGCAGAGGUACCUGGAGAAGCGGAAAGACAGGUUCAAGCACAAGAGAAAAGUGGGAAUGUCUUGUCCUGGGUCUGCUAAUGUAGACAUCUACUACUCAAACAAUCGGAUGGGCGAUCUAGUCUCAAAUGAAUGCUGGAGCACAAGUGAUCCUUGCUCCUCUCCUCAAUCAAUGCGGUGCAUCUCAGCUGAGAACCCAGAAAAGCACUCCAAUCUUGCUGCUGAUCUUGGUACUAAAGAUGUGCAAGAAUGUUAGCUGCUGGGAGGAUAAAGCGAUCUUGUCAGCGAGUUAAAUCUUCAGACCAUAUCAACAUAUCAUAACUUGGUGCAGUGGCGCUGAAUAAAAACCAGUAGUGGUCCAGGAAGGCAUCGGGCUGUUUGUUCCUUCCGUACAGGUAGGAGUUCUCGUCGUGAUUGUAGAGGAAUCAAUAUUGCGGCUAUCAGAGACUGAGAAUGUAAGAGCAGAGUCUAUGUACAACUCAAGGUUGAGUCAAAAGUUGUUUGAAAUAGUUAACUUCCUAGUUCAAAUCUCAAUCCUACAUAUCUCUUGAUGACACAAUUUAAAUGAGAUGGAUCGUGUGAUGAUACUUGGCUUGUUUUAACUACAACUUCACAUUCGUCUUGCAAAGUAUAAACAAUGAUAGAGUGUAUCAUAGUGUAAACAAGUA